AUGUCGCUCUUCUCGUCGUUUGCCCGCGUCGUCGGCGACAGCCUCGCCGCCAUCGCCAGCAUCCACAACUUCCCCAUGCCGCGCGAGAACCACGCAUCGGCGGCCCUCUCGAUCCAGGAAAUGGGCGACGGCCCGCCGCGUACUCAGCAAGAUGUGGCCGAGGUCCAGUUUCUCCUCUCGUCGCCCUCGUCCCCUCUGCGCCAUCGGCGAGAGCCCCGCUCUGCCGACUACACAGGUGAUGGCAAAGGGGAGCAGGGCGGUCUGCCCGCCCUGCCGCCCGAGGUCGUCUCGCUCAUCCUCGACUUCGCCGAGUACUACCUCUGCAAGGUCAGCUUCCACUUUGCGCCCACCACAUUCUACGACAACUCCAACGACCUCUACUUCCGCACGCCCGCCUUUAGCGGCGAGCUCGAGCGCGGCUUCCUUCGCAAGGUCGAGUUCCGCAUCGUCAGCCACGACCAGGGCUUCAGCGGCGAGCCGGCACACAUGCACGGCACAAAGGAGGGCAGCUGGACUUGGUGGGAGGCCACCCUCGAUCGACCCGCGACGUCCGCACAAGGACAGGAUGCCAGCACUUCAGUCGACGGCGAUAAAGGAAGGGCUGCUGCCGACGACGACGACAACGACGACGACGAAGCGGCUGGGCAGGGACACUUUGUCAGCGCCGCCUCCUCGCCUUUCCACGAGCUCGCUCCCGGCGCGGAUUCUCGACGGGCCUCGGCGGCGAGCAGCGGCACGGCAUCGGCGGCGACGCACGACGCCCCUCGGCCGCCCGUGGCGUGGGAAGAGCAGUGCCGCUACGAGCUGACGCGCAACCUGCACGCCGUGCGGCGCUUCACGGAGCACACCGUCACCUUUGGACCCGAGCACCCGCUGGUCCAGGAGGCGCGGCGCGGCGACUCGAUCGGCAUCUGGGCGCGCACCCGCUUUCCCGCCUGGAGGAACGUUGUCAAGGAGGUCGAGGUCAAGGUGUGGCAGGUCACCUAG